CAACAUCACCACCACCACAGCAAUAGUCUGCAGGUGUUGCAUGGCCACAGUUUUGGUGGCAUGCCCCAUGGUUUGGGUUUAUUGACGACAGUGGCAUCACUGCCACCAAAAUAUCGUGCCCGUUACCUGAAAAUCCAAACCAAAACUGAAAUUCCCCUGGAUUUAUCCGUCAAGCCAUUGUCCCCGCAAACCCAACACACCGCCAGGCCUCAAACCACACCCAACCCGGACAAUGAAGUACCAAUGGCUGUUAACUUCACUGAGGUCUAUACCGAACCCUGUUCGGAUACCCAAUCUCAGGCCAGUGAGGAUAUUGUAGAGGAAAUCUGCUCAAGUUUGGCCAAUGCCGAUUCCCAGGUGGAGGAGCAUCACAAUAAACCCAUUACCCCACCUUUGACUCCAAACAAAAGAAAAUUUUCUGAAUCUGAUUUGGAUACCGAAGUGGAAUUUAAAGAGAACCAGUCAAAAAUGGCAAAAGUAGAAAAUAUUUCUUCCGCCAUGUCCAAACAACCUUUGGUGGAGCAAACCCCGGCCAAGCAACCCAUCAAGACCUCCGAUACCGCACCAAAAACUUCGAAAAACUCCUCAUCGCAACAGAAAGCUUCACGUAGCCAUAAGGCAACACGUAAACUGAAAUUCGAUGAAGAAACCAGUUCUCCUGUAUCGGGCACCAUUAUACGCCCCCUCGAAGAUAUAACCGAUGGUUCGGUGCAAUACAGUAACGGUGAUAUUGAUCCCAAGUAUAAUAUUGUUGAAAUUACUGAGGAGACCAAGGCGGAAUUGGCGGCCAUUAAAAAUGUCAUUGGCGACUACAUUUGCCGUUUGUGCCGCAUUAAAUUUGAUGAUGCCUUUGGUUUGGCCCAGCAUCGUUGUGCCUGUAUUGUCUUGCUGGAAUAUCGUUGUCCUGAGUGUGGCAAACAAUUUAAUUGCCCAGCAAAUUUGGCAUCGCAUCGUCGGUGGCAUAAACCGCGUAAGUCUCAAGCUGCAGGUGAAAAUGUGCAAGCUACAAAUGCUGCUGGCGCAACAACAACAACAAUUCGGGAAAAGAAAAAUUCGAAUAAAAAAUCAGAAAAUGAAGUUAACGGAGAUCAAGGCACCUCGUAUGAUUGUCAAGAAUGUGGUAAGAAAUUUAAGCGUCAGGCUUAUCUGAAGAAACAUGAAUUGACACAUCAAAAGGUGCAGAAACAGCAGCCUGCAGCACAAAGUUCCGCUACACCUGUCAUUCAAAGUUUGAGUGUAAAUGCAACCAGUCCCCAAACAUCACCCAUUCGCCAAGAAGUCAGCUACUACACAAAUACUUCAUCUCAUAGUGAUGAGGAUCAUGAAGAUGAUUCCAUGUCCGGUUACAGUACCACCUCUUCGCAUCACUACGGACGUUUGCAAAUUGUUGAGACCGGUCUCACCGAAGAGGAGAAUAUUGCAGCAGCAGCAUUGACGAAUUUACGCAAUUGUGCUUCAGUCAUACAACACACCACUUUGGCUCACUAA